AUGCAGGUGUCUUUCGCAUGCACUGAGCACAACCUUAAGAGUCGCAGCGAGGACCGGCUGUGUGGACUUCGCACGGCCCCCCCUCCCGGGGGAAGCAGCGGGGGCGAGAGGGGAGGCGGUGGAGGAGGCGGUGGUGGCGGCGGUGGAGGAGGCGGUGGAGGGGGAGGUGGAGGAGGCAGUGGACAGGGGAGCAAUGGCAACUACAUGUCUCAAGGCUCCGUCAAGACCAGGGAGGCCCCCGGGUCCCGCCAGACUCCACAGGGCCAUGCCCACAUGAAGGAGGCCAUCGGGCGGCACACCAGUAUGAAGUACAGGAACCUGGGAAAGUCCGGCCUGCGUGUGUCCUGCCUGGGAUUAGGCACUUGGGUGACGUUUGGAUCGCAAAUCUCUGAUGAGAUGGCUGAGAACCUGAUGACCAUAGCUUAUGAGAAUGGAGUGAACCUGUUCGACACGGCGGAGGUGUACGCCUCCGGAAGAGCGGAAAUCACUCUGGGGAACAUUAUCAAGAAGAAAGGAUGGAGGCGCUCAAGUUUUGUCAUCACAACAAAAAUCUAUUGGGGAGGCCAAGCAGAAACUGAGAGAGGGCUCUCCAGAAAGCACAUUAUUGAAGGUUUACGAGGAUCUUUGUCAAGACUCCAGUUAGAUUAUGUGGACUUAGUUUUUGCCAACAGAAAUGACGUGAACAGCCCGAUGGAAGAGAUCGUUCGGGCCAUGACAUUUGUUAUAAACCAGGGUAUGGCUAUGUACUGGGGGACCUCGCGCUGGAGUGCGAUGGAGAUCAUGGAGGCGUACUCGGUUGCGCGGCAAUUCAAUCUGAUACCGCCUGUGUGCGAGCAGGCAGAAUAUCAUUAUUUCCAGAGGGAUAAAGUGGAGGUGCAGCUGCCUGAACUCUACCACAAGAUCGGUGUGGGAGCGAUGACCUGGUCUCCACUCGCUUGCGGAUUAAUCACAGGGAAGUACAGCGAUGGUGUGCCAGAAUGCUCCAGAGCAGCCAUGAAGGGAUACCAAUGGCUAAAGGAACGGGUGAACAGUGAGGAGGGCCGCAGGCAGCUUGCUAAAAUCAAGGAGCUCCAUCUACUGGCCGACAGACUGGGCUGCACGGCUGCUCAGUUAGCCAUAGCCUGGUGUCUGCGCAGUGAAGGAGUCAGCUCAGUACUUCUGGGUGUUUCCAACACAGACCAGCUACUUGAGAACCUUGGUGCCCUCCGGAUUUUAUCCCAAAUGAACCCACAAACCAUUACUGAGAUUGAUGCCCUGCUGGGAAAUAAACCACAUGCAAAGAAAGAGUCUCGUGCUUGAAGAUGCAAAUCAGAGUGACAGAUGAUGUUACAAGAAGAAGAAUAUGACGACACAGGAAAACAUCGCUUAUUGCUCUGCUGUAUACUCAACUUGCAUGAUCUCAGCAACAUUAUGCUUCCAAUAUGUGCGCAGACCCAUUUUGCGCAGUAUAUUGUUUCAUGUAUAAAAAAGAGAAAAUCUUUCAAUUGUUUGGGGGGAAAAAAUUUGAUUACAUCGCUCACUGUCUCACAGACACAUUCUACUGAAGCAGAAGGAGGAUGAAGCUUGGACAGAGUGGCAGGUCUCUGCCAUCUACGGACAAAAGGAGUUUGAAAAUAUUUAACUGCCAUCCGAGCAGAUUUGACUGUGCAAUUAGAUGUUCUGAAGCGGAAAAGAAACCACACCUGUGUGUUCAAAUGCAACUUUACUGCGUGAAUGGUGCUUUCACUGGACAUGUGAGUCUCCUCCCUCUGCAGCUGCUUGUUAUUCUGUAUGAUGUUUUGUAACCAGCAGCCAGAGAGCCAAAGGUUAGUACUUGUGUGUCUAGCCUAGCUAUUCCCAUAACAUGCAUGUGACUGGUCUGCUACGCUCACUGCUUUACCGGGUUGGGAACAAUAGAUUACUUGUAGUCAUUGCAGUGAUCUUAACACCAAAAAACUGUUUUUAAGAGAAUUACGAAUAUACUCGUAUAACAAAUUAUUUUGGGCUGAAAAUGACUGAUGAAUUCAAAUAGUGCUUAAAACAAUAAUAGAACAACAACAAUGAAUUAGAAAUCACUAGAGGGUGAGGUUUUGAUAGCAGAUUUCCCAACCCUGCGGCUUUCCCACCAGACUUUUUGCCUCCUAUGUUCGUAAACCGUGCGCAUGUCCCUUUAAGAAAGAACAGCCCGGACAGGGUGUAAAUGUGGCAUGGCUUUUAUGGCUUAUGUAAAUUUGCAGUGCCCUUCUACGCCUUGUUUUCUUCAAACUCUGAUUCGUCCAGCAGUUUGAUUCAGCACCUGUACUGCUUGGCCCUUUCCUUAAGUCCUCUCAGCAGCCUGCAGACUCGGCUGUGUCCUUCCGUCAUAUAAUCUCGAUAUUGUCCUAAACAGUAUAGGAAGAUGUUAACAACACAUUUUAAUGAUGCAGUUCUUGUGAAUAUUGUCACUGUUCUUGAGACAGUCGGAGUGUACAGAAAGGUCUCUGGUCAUCUGGCCGUAACAUUUGGACACACUGUGGUAAAGCUGUCGUUUUUCAAAUCAUCAAAAACAAAGUAGUCAGAGUUAACCAAACGUGGUAAGAGGUCACUUGAGGUACGAUUUAGCAAAUGUAUUUUUUUUCUUUUGUCGAAACCUAAAAAUACAGCUUCACUGCAUAUUUGCCUGGGAGUACUCUGUAUUACUUACACACACAUGCACACCGACUUCAUGUUGUUUCUUGUUUUGUUUAUUUAAUAGUUAUGUUUAAGGAAGGGGAGAAUUUUUCCUUUUUGUGAUUUCCUAUGAAAACCCGCACAGCAUUUUAAGGAAAUGAAGUUGUUGGAGCUGACAUCAAGGCAACAUUGUUCUGUAAAUAGGUUUUUCCUAGUGGCACAAGCUAGAAAGUUUUCCCGGAGAGUCUGCAGAGGCGUCGCUCCAGGACUCCUUGAAGAUGUACAACACAGGUCCAGCGAAGCUUAAGUCAAACAGCGGAAAUGUAACUUGACUUGUCUUAUACUCAACUGCCUUGCAACAAUCAGAAACCAAAAAAGAAAUGAGAAGACUCGUACUGUCUGUUACCAAAAUGUGAGAAAAAGAGCAUAACAUAUUCCAACAACUCUUUAUUUCAGUGAUCGAAGAAAUUCAACGGAAACACACAGAACAUUCAUGCAAAUAUUAACAUAGUGAUUUGACACAAGAGUCAACAAAAGUUUCAUGGACACAAAUGCAGUCAGACAAGACUUUUGAAUUUAUCACCGGCACAUAUAAAUCAUGGGCUAAUCACACAACCACACUAUAAAUGUAUAUGUCUGUAUCUAUAUAAAUAUAUAGCUCAAUUGAAUGUAGAUAUUCAUUUAUCUGUUGCAUACAAAGUAAAAUGUUAGCUAUUCUUUCAGCUACAGCUGAUAGACUUUGAAAAGAAUUCAACGUCCAACAUUUAUACCCUCAACUAGCUGAGUAGAUAACAUUCAGAGCACAGGACAUUCCACUGAAACUUAUCAAGUGUUGUUGACCCCUUUUUGCCCUCAGAGGCUCAUACUUCAGUGUUGUAGCUGCAGAGUGACUCGUUUUUGUCGCAACGGAAAAGGAAAGCAACAGGACAUUGCAGGGGACAGGGCAUGGCAAUGGCACCACUACUUGGUGAGCUCAUUUUCUUCAGUUACAAAAAUGUGGGUGGCAUCCAGCUAAAAAAAAAAAAAA